AUGUUCAGCUGUGUGGGCAAUGCACUGGUCCUGUGGGUCCUGCUCAAAUAUGAAAAUCUGAGAUCCUUGACCAAUGCUUUCCUCCUCAACCUGGCUGUCUCUGACCUGGUCUUCACUGUUGGCCUGCCGUUUUGGGCCUACUACCACGUCACUGGCCGGUGGACAUUUGGAGAACCUGCCUGCAAAGCCAUUAACUUCAUAUUCUUUGUGGGCUUUUAUAGCAGCACAAUCUUUUUAAUCACAAUGACGGUGCACCGCUACAUGGCCGUGGUCCGUCCGCUGUCAGUCAUCUUGAACAGGAGAACAUACCACUGUGUGUUGAUUUCUGCAGUCAUCUGGAUUUUGAGCUUCUGUGCUGCAACUCCUCAUGCCAUCUUCAAUAAGGUUGUGUCCCACCCUACUGUCAAUGGCAAUAGCUCUAUGAGUGAGUUAUACUGUGAUUAUGAAAACUUCAACUGGAUGCUGGUUGGCUUUUACCAGCAAAACAUUUUUUUCCUCAUCGCCUUCAUCACUAUCACUUUCUGCUACAUUCAGAUUCUUAGGCAUCUCCUCAGACCCACAGCCCACACCCGCCACAAGACCAUCAGACUCAUCUUCUGCAUAGUGGUGGUUUACUUCCUCGGUUGGGCACCAUACAAUGUGGCCAUCUUCCUGAACUCUUUGAUUCCUUGGGAAGUUGCUCCAUUCAACGAUUGCGACGUCAGCACCGUCAUAGACUAUGUUUACUAUGUCUCCCGUCUGGUGGCCUUUUCUCACUGCUGCCUCAAUCCAUUCUUUCACAUCUUUAUAGCGAUGAAGUUCUGA